UGGCCAUUACUGUCAUUACAGCCACUAGACAGACAUACAAUAUACAUUAUACUGUAAACACUAUAUUAUGUCUAUAGAUCACCUUUAACUUAUAUUUACUGAUUUUACUUUUAUUAUUAUUAAACAUUUGAUCGAAUUUUCUAAUUUUUAGUGGCCAAAACAUAUUUUUGAAGUUUUACGAUCUUAAAGAAUUAAAAAAUCAUCAAUAUGCAGAGGGUAUAUUGCAUGGUAUUUGUGUUGAUCAUGUGUAUUUCAUUUGCAUUUGCUGCAGACAAUUUAUCAAAGAAUUGGUCGUCUGACGAUGACACAUUACCGGAAGUGCUACCAAAAAAGAUGCGUGACAAAAGUGAUGACGAGAUUCAAAAAGCUGUUUUUCAAGCAUAUGAAAAUCAACUCAAAGUGAUUUCUGAAUACAAUGGACAUAUGUUGGAUCCAGAAUCUCCUUACGGAUUCUUCAAAGACGAAAUGCCAAUUUCGAAUGCGAGGACUUCUAAUCCACAAUCUGAUCUUAUAUUUUAUAAUAAUGCCAUUAGAGGGUUUAUUGGGCAUAAUAAAAACAGUAUUAUCAUUAAAUGGGUCCCGAAUCAGGUCGUUACAGAACUAGGAUGGAAAGAAAUGAGCGUGAGAGGAAGAUACACUUUUAUAAAUUCAACGUAUUUUGAUCAAGGAAAGUAUCAUGUUCAAUUACAAGAUUUAAAGUAUCUUGCUAGUACUACGCUUUCAGAAAAUACCGAAUCGUAUCCAUCAACAGUACCAAAAUCUAGCAUUUCAUACAAAAGUGUUAAGGUUUCAUUCACAGGAGGUUUACCAGAAGUAUUAAAGAUUAGUGAUUCUUCUAAUGUCAAGCACUUCAUUGAAGACAUCGUUUUCCAACAAGUAGCCGAUCGCGUAGUUAGAGACACGCACAACAACAUCACUGUGGCCAUACGUCAGGUCAUCAAACCGUACAUCAUAUUCAAAAACGACACCGACCCAAACUUCCCCGGUACAAACGGAAAACUCCCUAGUGGUAGUGUAGGGUAUACUAUCAGCAACACAGUGAUUAGUGGCUUCGCUAAUGCAGAACACAAAUUGAAAAAGAUCACCACGAAAAUGGCCACCAACAUUGUUACAGCUGAUUUACGUAUAACGAUCCAUAGCUUAGACGGUAAAUUUGACUUUAAACUCGAGGAGAGUAAGCCUACUAUCGGAAAAGCAACGUUCGCUGUCAGCAGAAUCGAUGUCAAUGUUUCGUUCAACAUGCUUAAGCCUGUCGAAUGCAAAGCUGAGGUCGUAGUGAACCAGCCGAAUGUUAAAUAUGGUACAAAGCUGUCAGCUGACAUUGAAAAAACAUUAACCAACGCGUUUAUCGACAAUGUAAAAAUCCAAUUGAACACAAAUAUUUGCAAGGCUUUGGGCCAGAUGAUUAAGCCUGGAAAAUAAAAAACCCAUUUUAUUAUCCAUGAUCCGUCCCAAAGCUUAUUUUAGUUGUAAACUAUUUAUAGUUUUUGAAUUGUACGGUUAGGAUAAAUACUAAACAUAUUAAACUGCAAGUAUAAAUAUUUUAAAA